AUGUCCUUGUUUCCACGACAGGAGCACCACCGGACCACCAGCUCCAGCUCCAGCAACAGCAACAGCAACGGACCUGGGCCACCACCACCACCACCACCACCACCACCACCCCUCGCCGCACCCGCACCCGCAUCUGCAUCUGCACCACCACCCGCAACCAGGCCCGCCGCCGCUAUCGCCCCAGCUAUCUCUACCUCUGCCUCUGCCACUGGCACGGACGCCGCUGCCCCUCCUACCCCGAAGCAAUGCAGCUGCCGCGCUAGCAAGCAGCUCAUCCCGCCAAAAGAGUCACAGCUGCGCUUUCACUCUACUUCGACAUUGCCCACCGCUGUCAUGGCUGAGCCAAAGUGGCCCGGCGCCGUUGUGCGCAAGACUUUCCUCGAGUUCUUCGAGAAGAGGGGCCACACGAUCGUGCCGUCUUCCUCCGUCGUCCCUCACAAUGACCCCACCUUGCUCUUCACCAAUGCGGGCAUGAACCAAUUUAAGCCCAUCUUCCUCGGAACGAUCUCAAAGUCGGAUCCCAUGUACCCUCUCAAGCGUGCGACCGACUCCCAGAAGUGCAUUCGCGCUGGUGGCAAGCACAACGAUCUCGACGAUGUCGGCAAGGACAGCUACCACCACACAUUCUUCGAGAUGCUGGGCAACUGGUCCUUUGGAGAUUACUUCAAGAAGGAGGCCAUUGAGAUGUCAUGGGAGCUCUUGACCAAGGUCUAUGGUCUGGACCCUGCCCGCCUGUACGUCUCCUACUUUGAGGGUAACCCUGAGAUGGGUCUCGAGCCCGAUCUAGAGGCCAAGAGCUUGUGGCAAUCCGUUGGUGUCCCCGACGACCACAUCUUGCCUGGCAACAUGAAGGACAACUUCUGGGAGAUGGGUGACCAAGGCCCUUGCGGUCCUUGCAGUGAGGUUCACUACGACAAGGUCGGCGGCGGUCGCAACGCCGCUCACUUGGUGAACGAGGAUGACCCGAUGGUCGUGGAGAUCUGGAACAACGUUUUCAUCCAAUACGAUCGCCAGGCUGAUAAGUCACUUAAGUCUCUCCCCGCCAAGCACGUCGAUACUGGCAUGGGUUUCGAGCGUCUCGUCUCUGCGCUCCAGGAUACUGUUUCCAACUACGCCACCGAUAUCUUCACACCCCUCUUCAAGAGAAUUGAGGAAGUUACUGGCGCCAGGCCCUACACUGACAAGUAUGGAGCCGAUGACGCCGACGGAAUCGACACUGCCUACCGUGUCAUUGCCGACCACAUCCGUCUUUUGACCUUCUCCAUGUCCGAUGGCGCUGUCCCCAACAAUGACGGCCGCGGAUAUGUCCUCCGCAGAGUGCUCCGCCGCGGUGUUCGCUACGCGCGCAAGUACUUCAACGCCGAGAUUGGAUCCUUCUUCUCCAAGAUUCUCCCUGCUCUUGUCGACCAAAUGGGUGAACAGUUCCCCGAGAUUGUCAAGAAGCAGCAGGAUAUCGUUGAGAUCCUUGACGAGGAAGAAGCGGCCUUUGCCCGUACACUUGACCGUGGCGAGGCUCAAUUCGAGAAGUUCGCCAACGCUGCCAUCAAGAAGGGCGAGAAGAAGCUCACUGGUGCCGAGGUUUGGAGACUUUACGACACCUUCGGAUUCCCCGUCGAUCUCACAAAGCUGAUGGCUGAGGAGCGCAAGCUCGAUAUCGACGACGAGGAGGUCAAGGUUGCCCAGGAGAAGGCCCGCGAGGCUAGCAAGGUCGUCAAGAACGCUGCCCAGACUUUUGCGAAGCUGAAUGUCCAUCAAAUCGCUGAGCUUGAGCAGCAGCUCAACAUCGCGAGAACGGACGAUGAGGCUAAGUUCGUCAAGGGCGACUCAAAGGCCAAGGUGCAGCUGAUCUACGACGGCAAGGGUUUCAUCAAGUCAACUGAGGGUAUCGCCGAGAACACUCCCUUGGGUCUGUUGCUGGACAAGACCAACUUCUAUGCUGAGUCUGGUGGUCAGGUCGCCGAUUCUGGUCGCAUCGUCAUUGAUGGUGUCGCCGAGUUUAAGGUUCUCGAUGUUCAGAACUUUGGUGGCUACAUUGUUCACAGUGGUUAUCUUGAGGACGGCAACUUGUCCUCUGGCAACGAAGUCAUCUGCGAGUACGAUGAGCUGAGAAGAUCGCCCAUCCGCAACAACCACACUGGCACCCACAUCCUCAACCACUCCCUCCGGGAAGUUCUCGGCGACGACAUCAACCAGAAGGGCUCUCUGGUCGACAACGAGAAGCUGCGUUUCGACUUCUCCCACAAGACGGGUGUGACUAUUCCCGAGCUCAAGAAGAUUGAGGACUUCUCUAACGCCUACAUCCGCCAAAAUGGCAAGAUUUACUCAAAGGAGGUAGACCUCGAUCUUGCCAAGGGAAUUGAGGGUGUUCGUGCCGUCUUUGGCGAGACAUACCCCAACCCUGUUCGUGUUGUGUCUGUCGGCGUUGAUGUUGACACCCUCCUCGCAAACCCCAAGAACGCAGAGUGGCGCAAGGUCAGCGUGGAGUUCUGCGGAGGUACUCACGUUGAGCAGACCGGCCUCAUCAAGGACCUUGUCAUCGUUGAGGAAAGCGGUAUUGCCAAAGGUAUCCGUCGCAUCAUCGCCUACACUGGCGAUGCUGCUCACCAGGUGCAACGCGAGGCUGCCGAGUUCUCUAAGCGUCUCGAUGCACUUGAGGCACUUGCCUUUGGCCCCGAGAAGGAGCAGGAGAUCAAGUCGACCCAGCAUGCUCUCAACCAAUUGACCAUCUCGACUCUCACCAAGGAGGACAUCAAGAAGCGCUUCGACAAGAUUGUCAAGUCCGUCACCGAUGAGCAGAAGAAGCGCCAAAAGGCCGAGUCCAAGACUGCGCUCGACACCGUUGCUGCGCAUUUCGAGAAGAACAAGGACUCCAAGUGGUUUGUUGGUCAGCUCCCGAUCUCCGCCAACGCCAAGGCUAUUGGCGAAGUUGUCAAGCACUUCCAGUCCAAGGACAAGGAGCGCUCUGUCUACCUGUUUGGUGGAAGCAAGAACGAGGGUGCCGUUGCCCACGGCGUUUACGUUGGCACUCACCUGUCCUCACAAGGCGUUACUGCCGAGCAGUGGGCUUCUCAGGUCAGUGGAGUCAUCGGAGGCAAGUCUGGCGGCAAGGAGCCUACCCGCCAAGGACAGGGUACCAACGCCGAGAAGUUGGACGAGGCUGUUGCCGAGGCAGAGAAGUGGCUGAAGGAGAAGCUCAACAUUUGA